AAAUGUUUUAAAAGAAGCCAAACAUAAUAGUUUCAUUUUAAUCAAUUAUAAUAUUUUUAAUGGAUAUAUUACUACAGUAACUUACAAAAUGAGGCGCAGUUUAGCGCCGAGCCAAAUAGGCUCCGGUGACAAUGUGUUUAAAAGUCCAUUACUAGCUGAAUCAAAAAGAAAGAAGCGGGAAUGCACAAGAAUACCGCUAACACAAAAGUCAGCUUCUCAAUCGCUAUCAUCCACAGAUCACGAGAAUCUCAUUAAGCAGAUAUUGAGCAAACCUUUCAAAGUCCCUAUACCAAAUUACGUAUCGUCUUAUUGCAGUAAGAGCUUAGGAUUAAAACGGACUCAAGUAAGACGGGCUCUACAUGACCCUGAUGAACCUAAUGCACUUGUUUUAUACCGUCCCCCGUACAUACCAGAACAUGAAAAGAUGAAAAUGAACGCUAAUGAUAUAAAAGUCGCUGUUGUGGUCGAUCCCAUUCUAGGAAACAUCUUACGUCCCCACCAAAGGGAAGGUGUCAAGUUCAUGUACGACUGUGUGACUGGAAAACAGAUAGAAAACGCUUAUGGGUGUAUAAUGGCUGAUGAAAUGGGCUUAGGAAAGACUCUCCAAUGUAUAACUCUUUUGUGGACCCUUUUACGACAAGGACCCGACUGCAAACCUACUAUAAGUAAAGCGAUAAUCGUAUGCCCGAGCAGCUUAGUCAAAAACUGGUAUAAUGAAAUAGGAAAGUGGCUCGGUCAGAGGAUAAACGCAUUGCCAAUGGACGGUGGCUCAAAAGCAGAGAUAACUCUGAAAUUACAACAGUUUAUGAAUACGUUUGCUGCAAUCAGAGUCGCAACUCCUGUCCUUAUCAUAUCUUAUGAAACAUUUAGGAUAUACUCUAACAUCUUACAUGCUUCCGAAGUUGGUCUAGUCCUUUGUGAUGAGGGUCACAGGCUUAAAAACAGUGAGAAUCAAACGUACCAAGCUUUAAUGGGUUUGAAAGCUAAAAGAAGAAUUUUAAUAUCAGGGACUCCCAUACAGAAUGAUUUAACAGAAUAUUUCAGCUUAGUUCAUUUCGUUAAUGAAGGAAUUCUUGGUACAGCUCAAGAGUUCAAAAAGAGAUACGAAAACCCAAUAUUAAAAGGGCAAGACGCACUAGCAACAGUUCCAGAAAGGGAGAGAGCUCAAGAAUGCCUUCAAACUCUGACAUCUAUAGUCAACAAAUGUAUGAUUCGGCGAACUAGUACUUUACUUACAAAGUACUUGCCGGUCAAGUUCGAACAAGUUAUUUGUGUGAAAAUGACACCACUGCAAACGCAGAUAUAUAAAAACUUUAUUAAGUCCGAUUCUAUAAGGAAUAAGUUUGCUGGAACCGGUGAAAAGAAUACUCUUAGUGCCCUUUCAAGUAUUACGACACUUAAAAAGCUUUGCAAUCAUCCAGAUUUGGUCUAUGACAAGAUUAUAGAAAGAUCGGAAGGUUUCGAAAAGGCAAGAGAUCUAUUGCCAAGUAAUUAUGACAAUAAAGAUGUCCGCCCCGAGUAUUCUGGAAAGUUGAUGAUUUUAGACUGUAUAUUAGCAAAUUUAAAAACAAACACAGAUGAUAAGAUUGUCCUCGUUUCAAACUAUACUCAGACCCUAGACCUGUUUGAAAAACUGUGUAGAAAAAGAUGUUAUCAAUACGUAAGGUUAGAUGGAUCUAUGACAAUAAAAAAACGAGCAAAGGUGGUUGAAAGUUUUAAUAAUAAAGACUCCAAAGAAUGGAUAUUCAUGUUAAGUUCUAAAGCAGGAGGAUGUGGCUUGAAUCUCAUUGGUGCUAACCGUCUAAUCAUGUUCGAUCCAGACUGGAACCCAGCUAAUGAUGAACAAGCAAUGGCAAGAGUAUGGCGAGAUGGACAAAAGAAACCUUGCUAUAUUUACAGACUUCUAGCAACAGGUACUAUUGAAGAAAAGAUCUUCCAACGCCAGGCGCACAAGAAAGCUCUCAGCGACACUGUCGUCGAUCAAAAUGAAGAAUCCUUAAGACACUUUACUUCCGAUGAUUUGAAAGACUUAUUCCGUUUAGAAGAGAACACAUUAUCAGACACUCAUAGCAAAUUCAAAUGUAAGAGAUGCGUCAAUAACAUCCAAGUUACGUUACCCCCAGAAAGCUCAGACUGUACGUCAGAUUUAUCAAACUGGUAUCAUUGUGCUGAUAAGAAAAAUUUAGCAGAUUUAGUUCUGAAACAAUGCUGGGAUCUAGCUAAGAGCAUAUCAUUCGUUUUCCAUCACCGUUCAGCUGAAACAGAGGCACAGAAGAAUAAUGAAGAAGAUAAAGAGAAUGUUCAAGAACGAAAGAGAAGGAAAAUAGAAAUAGAUGAAGACUAUUCAGAGCCUGACGAUAGUGGUGAUGAAGAUUAUGAAUAAGUUAUUUUUGAAUUGUGAUAUGUAAUUUUUGUAUAUUAUAAAUAAUAAUAAUAAGAUUUUCAAAUUAUAGGGUUGAUGAUAUACACUAUACAGUGAUCUUGUGAUUGUUAAUUAUGUAUAAUUGUAAAAAAAAAAUACUCUAAUGGUUGAGAUAUUCCAAAAA